GAAUAUUUCCUGCAGCGAGGAGAUAUGAGUGAAGAUCUGCGAGCACUUGCUUCGAGGGAACAAAACUCUUUGCAAACAACCAGUAACGAACAAAAGGCAGCGCGGUUGUCAAAAAUGUCGGCGAUCUCAUUGGAGAAAGGAUUCAAGCCGUUUUUGAGUGACUUUGAUCCCGAAACUAGCGAACGCGAGAAACGUAAAAUGAACCAAAGAAUGAAUCUGAAAGAUAAGAAGCAUGUUUUAUACGAUGAUAAAGGGAUAUUCGUUGAAACUGGAGAGGAUUUAUGCGACUGUUUGCAACGCGGUUGUCCCGGAUGUCAUUUCCCCUGUUCAAAGUGCAGAUCUAGAAAAUGCGCCCACGAAUGCAGAGUAAAUCGAAAAUGGGCGUACAAGUCAAUUUCUCACGAAGGAUCCGAUAUCGUCAUCAGAAAUCAGUAUCUCAACGACGGACUUGAUGAUCAUUAAAAGUUCACCUUUAUCAUGUGUAAAAG